AUGGCACAAAUGACGAAAUAUAUUCAACGCGUCGCUAGCGGACCAAAGCAAAGAUUCCGAGAUCCAGAAACGGAUACAGAUUUAGAUCUAUCGUACAUAUCUGACAAUAUCAUCAUAAUGGGUUACCCUACACCUGCGAACAAUUAUCAGGCGGUAUUUCGCAAUAACCAGGACCAAGUGAGGAAGCUGCUUGAGUGGGUUACAGUGCGUAGGAGGAGAGAACUGCACGAUAAUUCUCAAUAG